AGCCGCGUUUUAGUUCUGUUUGCAAAACGCAGCCAAUUGGACGUGGCCAAAGAGCAGGCAACCAGCAGGCAGCAGCAGGCAACAGGCAGCAAGAACGCGGCUACUAAAUAAACGGUUCCCUCGUACUUUGAAUAAUUUCCGUUUUCAUCUUUCGCGUGUUCUCUUUUAUUUACAAAUAAAAAAGAAACUAACUGUAUUUGUUAGUUUUUUUGUGCUGUUGUUUUUGCUCUCGUUAUCUGCGCGCGACAUUGAAGAAAACUUGUGAAAGAAUCUGUAAGAAAAUUAAAAACAAUAAUUUCGAUUGCGUGUUUCGUUUGUGUUUCAAUUGAAAAUAAUUUAAAAACAAUUUAUAAACAUUUUUUUUGUGUGUCAGUGCCAAGAACUGCAACAACAACUACAACUGCAACAUAAACUAGAGCCACAUAUAAAAUUUAAAACAGCCAAAGGAUGAUACCAAUUUUGGAUAAGCUGAGCGGCUUCUACAGCAGCUAUGUGCUGGGCAUACUCACUAUCGGCUAUAUCCUAGGCGAACUGGGUCACUAUCUGAUCGGCGUUACGUCCAAGCAGACGGCCAUUGAGCUGGACUAUGGAGAUCAUGCCUGCCAGCAGAAUAACAGCAUGUUCACCAGACACGAACUGAUGACCCAGUGCUCGGACGUUAAGAACGAGAGCAGCUGCUAUACACUGGAUGUAAAUGGAACCGGCUACUGCGAGUGGAACUACAAUGGACUGGGCAUCGAUUACCAGAUACUGGCUGGACCCACAUUCAUAUUGAUCUUUACCAUUGCUGGCGUAUUUAUGGGCUUUGCGGCUGAUAAAUACAAUCGGGUGAAGAUGCUCACAGUUUGCACCGUGAUCUUUGGCGUUGCGAUUCUGCUGCAGGGCACCGUCAAGGAGUAUUGGCAUCUGGUGCUGCUUCGCAUGGUAAUGGCUGCCGGUGAAUCUGGCUGUAAUCCGUUAGCUACGGGCAUUAUGUCCGAUAUCUUUCCGGAGAACAAGCGUGCCUUGGUCAUGGCCAUUUUCAAUUGGGGCAUCUAUGGCGGCUAUGGCAUCGCGUUCCCCGUCGGUCGUUACAUCACCAAGCUGAACUUCUUUGAUAUGGGCUGGCGUGUGUGCUAUUUGGGUGCCGGAGUGCUGACGAUUAUCGUGGCCGGACUGACGGGCACAACUCUGCGGGAACCGGAACGCAAAUCGAUUGGCGAGGGCGAUCGGACGACAGCGAGCGGCAAGCCCGUAACCCUCUGGCAGGUCAUCAAGAGUCCCGCCAUGAUUAUGCUGAUGAUAGCCGCCUCCAUACGUCACAGCGGUGGCAUGACCUUUGCCUAUAAUGCCGAUCUGUAUUAUAAUACCUAUUUUCCGGACGUCGAUCUCGGCUGGUGGCUCUUCGCCGUCACCAUUGGCAUUGGCAGCGUGGGCGUUGUUGUUGGUGGCGUCGUCUCCGACAAGAUAGUCGCCAAAAUGGGCAUACGUUCGCGUGCCUUUGUCCUGGCUAUUAGCCAAUUGAUAGCCACGUUGCCCGCCUUUGGUUCGGUCUACUUCGAUCCCCUGUGGGCGAUGAUUACACUCGGUCUGAGCUAUUUCUUUGCCGAAAUGUGGUUUGGCAUCGUGUUCGCAAUUGUCGUUGAGAUAGUGCCGCUGCGUGUUCGCUCCUCAACCAUUGGCGUCUUCCUCUUCGUGAUGAACAACAUUGGCGGCAAUUUGCCCAUUCUGGUGGAUCCAGUGGCCAAGGUCAUCGGCUAUCGUGGCUCCAUCAUGAUCUUCUAUGCUGGUUUCUAUGGCAUCAGUUCGAUACUUUUCCUGAUCACCUGCUUCCUGCUGGAGGGCAAGGCAAAGCCGAGUCCCAUCGAACAGGAGUCACAGAAGACACAUCCGGAUGCCAUCCUGAAUGUACGCCAUAUGCACGGCCAUGAUAACUCCGUGUUCAGCGUGGAUGAGACCCUGCCCUCAAAUGGACGUCCCGUCCAGCUGCCGCAGCAUCUGCAAUUGUCCAAUGGCAAUGGCUACGAGAAGUCACAAUCGACUCAGCCAAGUCGCAAUAGCGCCGAGAGCAGCAGACUGUAGUAUUAUGGAGAUUAUACCUCCAUCUCCUCCUCCUUCUCCGAGACAUCAGAUUGCAAAUCUGAGCAACAUUUCAAAUGAAACAGAACGAGAAAGAAAACAUCUAUUUGUGCAAGUG